GACGGGGGAGUUCAGCCUGACCGGAAAAGGGCGGGUCUGUCCGCGAGGACGGGGCUACGGUGCAGACAGAGAGGGGGUCGCUGUUUUUAGGAAUACUCCGAGUUCAGCUGCCAUGGUCUCCUUGAGUUUCUGAGUCAUCAUGGGCGACGUGAGCGCGCUCCCGCUAUGCGCGCUCCUCUUCUUGGCCUGUGGGAUCCACGCUUAUUCCAAUUUUCAGAGCCACUUGCUGACGUUGCCACAGAAUCCGGUGAUUGAGAUCGGAACCAACUUCACAGCGACAUGCCUGAUCUCCAACACAGUGGAGGUCACUGCGGACGAUCUGUACUGGAAACUGUCCAAUGUGACCAUUCCCAGAGAUCAGUACCGGAAGGUCAACAGCACUGCCCUGAGCGUGACGGUCCCCAUCACAAAAGACAUAUCAGAGGAGUGGCUGUUCUGUUACUGCAGAAAAAAGUCCAGUUAUGUGGUUUUGAACGAAGGAAAGUUCAUUCACGGCAUCUCACUCAGAACCGGCUAUCGUCCGGAGAAACCGGAGAACCUAAGCUGCAUUUCCUUCCAGAAGGAAGACAAAUCCUUCCCGUCCCUGCAGUGUAGCUGGGGAACGACGAGACGUCAGACCCCGACUGUUCCCGUACAUUUCACGCUCAAAGUGAUGCAAGUCCUCAGCAAUCAAACUAGCAGUACCACCACCAAGGAUCACUGGGCUGAGGUGAAACUCAGCCCCUACCCCUUUCACAUGGAGCUGGAGGUCUGGGUGGAGGCAGUGAACCAACUUGGAGCAGCAGAGUCUGUGCACCUCAGAAAAGAAGCUCAGCACUUUGUGAAAACAAACCCUCCAGAGGUGACGGUCACCUCAGAGAAAAGCUUUCCCACCUCUCUGCUUCUGAACUGGACUCCCCCCGUUAAUCAAGUUUGUGUCAAAUUGACGUACCAAAUCCGGUUCUGCUCGCCCAAAUCUCCCGGCUGGUCCCACGUGCCUUUACCAGACAUUAAUGACCAGACGAACUUCAGACUGCAAGGCCUUCGAGCUUACACGCCAUACACGGUUCAGGUCCGCUGCAGAGACGUGGAGAACCUCCACGGUUACUGGAGCGACUGGAGUCAGAACAUCACCACCACAACCCCAGAAGACAAACCAUCAAGUACGCCGGAUUUGUGGAGAACCGUGGUUUAUAACGGCACCAGUGAGCGACUAGUCCAGAUCAUUUGUAAGGAUCCUGAAUUCCCAAAUGGGAGGAUAACGAGAUUUGACGUGAAGGUUGAAAAGCAGAGGGACAGAGCGUGGAACCAAAGCGGGGGCUGGAAGAGCGUCCUGGUGAACCGGUCUGAGGCAGAGGAGGGGGAGACGAGCCUCACUCUGCUGGAACAGAUCUCUCUGUCUAACCUGGAGUCGGUCAAGGUCUCCGUGGUGGCCGUCAACUCUUUGGGGAGGUCUCCAGAGGCCUCCUUAAUCCUCCCUGUCAAACUACCGGACCACGCCCGUGUGGAGGAACUGAAGGUGUGGCCCCACGAGGGCCAGCUGGUGGUGGAGUGGAAACCCCUCCGCAACAAAUUGCUGUCGGGGUAUGUGGUGGAGUGGCUGAGUGACGGCAGGCUGGACUGGCGGCGAGUGAGCAAGACGAGCAACCGCACACUCACAGGGAGGCUGGAUCCCUUCGUGUGCUACACCGUUUCCGUCUAUCCCGUGUUCUCCAGAGCGAUCGGGAAGCCGGUUCAGAUGUUGGCUUAUGUGGAACAAGGAGCUCCCCUGCGGGGCCCGACACUCAAGCUGAACGGGAAACCCGGACACAACGAGGCGGAGCUGGUGUGGGAGGAGAUCCCCCUACGGGACCGACGAGGCUUCAUCACCAAUUACACCGUCUUUUACAAAUUGGGGGAGGAGAUUCGAGAGGUGCCCGUGCCCGCCAACUCCACGUCGCUUAAGUUGGAGUCUCUGAUGGGGGACUCCCAAUAUGAGGCGUGGGUGCAGGCCUCCACCGCGGCCGGCUCUACCAACGGCUCUCACCACUCCUUCAUCACCAUGAAAUACGCUGCUGGAACCAUCGAGGCCAUCUCAUUGGGGGCCGGCCUGGUCAUUCUUCUGGUUUUCCUGCUCGGCAUCUACAAGAGGGAGUUCCUCGUGAAGCGCCUGUGGCCUCGGGUCCCUGACGGCAGACAGAGCUCCAUCGGGACCUGGUCUCCGGACUGCUCUAUGAAGGCGGAGCCGCCAAAGGAGAGCUGUGUCUCUGGAAUCAGCGUGCUGGUGUCCAUGUGCGAGUCCCAGAGCGGCUUCGAGGAGGACAAGGCCAGCCUGUCCCUAAGGAAGGACAAGUACACGUCAGAGGAGCACAGCAGCGGCAUUGGCGGCUCGUCCUGCAUGUCUUCCCCCCGUCAGAGCGUGUCGGACAGCGACGAGGGCGCCGACAUGGCGGACACCACCGCCAGCACCGUGCAGUACUCGUCCGUCGUGGCCUCCAGCGCCUACAAAGGCCAGACGCCCGGCUCUCAGCCGCAGCACUCGGUGUUCUCCCGCUCGGAGUCGACGCAGCCGCUGCUGGAUUCCGAGGAGACCGUGGACAUGUUUGUGCAGGAGGCGUCCGGACGCUUUGAGCGCCUCGCCCCGCAGGACAUCACCUGCUCAGAGGUGUUCGGCCCGCCGGACGGCGAGCAGCUGGACUGCUGUCAGGAAGCAGACGAACUGCAGGCGGACGGGCGGACGGCGCCGUCCAGCUACAUGCCACAGCUUGGGGGCUAUAAGCCACAGUGAGGACCCCCGCCACUGGCCGGGGGCGUGUGCCUUCCGUGUUUAGCAGCGACAAUGACUGCAGACAAUGACUUGGCAUUUAAUCUCACCUUUGACUCAAACUCACCUCAUGUGCACGCCGUCAGCCACACCCCGUGGAGGACAACCUUCAAUCUGGGACACCGCUGAGCACCGCUGAGCAAGGCAUUACUUUUAACCUGCACGGAAGCUUUCUUUCACUUGUAAACACUCCAUUUGAGACGUGCUUGCAAAAGAUCAAUAAAAGGUUCUUUUAGCCAUUUUCUGUGCGACUGUGGCAGCGUCAGAGAGGUGGCGCCGCUCCUUCCAGAGGUGAGCGUCUGCUGGGACAUACCCGUGCUUCAACCCAGGACGGGGGCAGGUGGAGUGCGCCAAGUAGGUCAGAUGAGCUCUGCCUGUAGAGCCUACUUAGCUCCGCCUCCACCUGCUGGUUCUCCAGACCAUUGACUGUAUGUGAGAACUGGACUGAGGGACCCCUCCACCCUGGCGUUGCAAACAGGAAGUACGCCGACUCUAAGACGCCAUAAUCCCAAAGACUUGUAUAGGGGAAUAAACGGCUGUGACUCUUUCUGUUGGUCAGAAGAACCAUUCUGGCUCCGAUACUUUUUGUCAACGAGUUCUUGAUAAUCCUCAUUUGUUUGUUUUUUAUGUAGUGCAAGUUAUUCACGUAAUAAACCGACCAAUCAGGUGCCUCAAUAAAA